CUUUCUAGCUAGGGUUUUCUCUUUUUUCUUCUUUUCACUCUUUUGGUUACAUUGCGUACGUUCUCAGGAAAAGAGGAACAGGUUAUAGCUGGGUGAAGAAGAAGAAAGAAAAACAAAAUUAGACGAUGAUGAUGAUGAUGAUGAAAGUUACAUAGUGCAUAAAAAGGAUAACAACAGAUCAUUAAAGGGUUAUUAUGGGAAGGGGAAGGGUUGAACUUAAGAGGAUAGAGAACAAAAUAAACCGUCAGGUUACCUUUGCAAAGAGGAGAAAUGGUCUCCUUAAGAAAGCCUAUGAACUCUCUGUUCUUUGUGAUGUUGAAGUUGCUCUUAUCAUCUUCUCCAAUCGUGGCAAGCUCUAUGAAUUCUCCAGCACUUCCAACAUGGUUAAAACGCUUGAAAGAUACCAGAAAUGCAGUUACGCCGCUCCAGAAUUUAACAAUGCAGCUAUAGAGAUUGAGCAAAAUAGCUACAAUGAGUACUUAAAACUAAAAGGAAGAUACGAGACGCUACAACUCCAUCAAAGGCAGCUUCUUGGGGAAGACCUAGGCCCCCUCAACAUAAAGGAACUUGAAUAUCUGGAACAUCAGCUAGACUCAUCACUGAAACAAAUUAGAUCAACAAAGACACAGUACAUGCUUGAUCAGCUGUCUGACAUUCAAACCAAGGAGAAGAUGUGGGUUGAGUCUAACAUGGCUUUGGAAAAAAAGCUUGAUGAGAUUUACAGAGAACACCAAUUUCAUCAAGCAUGGACAACAGGUGCAACAACAGCAGAACAAGGCAGCAAUAAUAAUAAUAAUAAUAAUCAGUAUACCCAAUCUCAAGGAUUUUUCCAGCCCUUGGACUGUAAUCCCAGUUUGCAAAUAGGAUAUGAUCAGGUGACUGUAAAUCAAAUGGCGGCUGCAGCUCAUGGUCAUGGUCAUGGUCAUGGUCAUGAACAAAAUGUGAAUGGGCUAAUUCCAGGAUGGAUGCUUUAAUAAAAGUGAUCAGUAUGUAUUGUUGUCAU